CUCCGCAAUUCGACCCAAGAUCAAGGAAGUGCUUGAGUUAAGCCAUUGAGUAGAGUUCGGCAUAACUUGUGUUACCGAAUUCAGCGAUUACAAUACUGUCUGAGUUUUUUUCUUCACUCUAGCUGCAACUACCUGGAUGCAUUAAAAUCUUCGAAAGACAAAUUAGCAGUUAGUAUCCCAAGGCGCAGAAAUAAAGAAUGGCAAUGGCCAUUUUUCUAAAACACAGAACGAAUCAUCUUGCAUUACCUCUAGCCACUAUCCACGAUCUCUUCUCGGUUGUAUUACAUCUUCUAGGCCCCACACCCAUCUGUUCAAGGUAAGACUUCUCCAUCUAGUCUCCCUCCCCUCUUCUAGGUGGGCCGCGGAUAUUAAUGCUCUCUACUUCAGAGGCCCUAAGCCAUCUGAGCUUUUCACUUCUAGGUAAGAAUGGGGGCUAUCUCAUGCAGAGCCUCUAAUCUGAGUGAUCACCAAAAGCCUUCAGGAAAACUUUCUGCCUCAAGUGUUGUCGAGAAUGGUUACAGGAAUUUCGGACUUGUUUCAAGAAAAUGCGGGGAAAAUGAUACAGAAUGUUAAGGCGCGAACUGUAUCGUCCCGCCGCUCGAGUACGAGAACUACUUGGGGUGCCAAUGAAUGAAACUGCCAAGGGCAGAAUCCUCACAGAGUCAGCCAGCAACCAUUGGCCCAAGAGUCAGGGGGACCCAAACUGAACUGAGGGGUUAAAGAUGAACUGAAUAAAGUAGAGGGUAUCCUUAUUAUUAGCAAGUGAAAGCAUUUUCCUACACCAUGGCCUUUGGCGUUUUUUUUCAAGUGGGAAAAGAAUUGGCCAAGGAUAUGACUCGCGGUGGCUCUAACAAUGCGGGCGCGCAGAUCAUAGAAAGAGCAAUGGCCUACGCUCGUGGCGACAACAGAAUGGGAACGCUAUGGCGAUGCUGA